ACUGCUGAGCAACUCUAUACAGGAACUGCGCUCUGCCAGCUGGCUAACAAGAAAUCCACCUAUCACUGUGACAGACCACAGGCAAAAUGAAAGGCAUUUGGAGGUAUUUUCAACAAUGUUCAUAUCUCCCUCUUUGGCUGGCAGGACUUACCCUGAUAGGAUCCUUUUACCACUAUUCUACAAAGGACACCAAUGAAUUGGCUGAGCAACAGUGGUUAUCAGUUAGCAUGACUUGCUACAGGCAGAAGCAUCCUUCCAAAAUCUGUCAACCCAUCACAAAUGUCAUGUUCCUCAAGACCCACAAAACAGCCAGCAGUACAAUCCUCAACAUCCUCUACCGCUUCUCAGAGAAACACAGCCUCACUGUGGCCUUACCUUACGGGAAUGAGCCCCAUCUUGGCUAUCCUAGACACUUCCAUGCAUCAUAUGUUGAAGAAUUCAAAACGCUGGGAAAUAAGUUCAACAUCAUGGCCAACCAUCUAAGGUUUAAUUGGCAACAGGUCAGAAGAAUAAUGCCAGAUAAUACAUUUUAUUUUUCUAUCCUGAGGGACCCGACAUUACUGCUGGAAUCCUCCUAUGUCUAUUUCAAGACUUUUUCACCAGCAUUUAGAAACUCCAAGGAUAUUAAUGAAUUUCUGUCAUCUCCUUGGUCAUACUACAAUUUGGCAGAAAAAAAUAAUAUUUAUGCUAAGAACAACAUGUGGUUUGAUUUUGGCUAUGACAACAAUGCAGAAUAUGAUGAGCGUUAUAUCCAUUUUGUCCUACAGAACAUACAGGAGAUUUUUCAUUUAAUACUGAUUGCUGAUUUUUUUGAUGAGUCAAUGAUCCUUCUGAAGGAUAUUUUGUGUUGGGAUCUGGAUGAUGUGAUUUAUUUCAAGCUGAAUGCCAGGAGCCAAUACAGUAUUCAGGCUCUGAAUCCAGAGAAUAAGGAAAAAGUGAAAGAGUGGUGUGCUUUAGAUUGGGAACUUUACAAAUAUUUCAAUAAUUCAUUUUGGAUUAAGAUCCAGGAAAGAAUGGACCUCAAAACACUGUACAAGGAAGUUGAUCUUCUGCAGAAGAGACAAAAGGAACUGAUGGAGACGUGCCUCUUGGAAGAAACUGCAAUUGAGCACUAUCAAAUUAAAGAUGAGAAUAUGAAGCCUUUUCAAGCAGGACAUGCUAGUAUCAUGGGUUAUAAUCUCAGACAAGAUUUAGACAAUAAAACCCUGAACAUCUGUAAAAAGAUGAUCAUGCCAGAGCUCCAAUAUACAGCCCAUCUAUACAAUUCCCAGUUCCCAUUCAAAAAGAAAAAAACAACUGGUAAAUGAGUUCCUUUAACAAUACCAUUUUUCUGUAUUAGAACAAACUGAGGAGCAAUUUGUAAGAAAUUCAAGACUUUGCUUUUUCUUUAGCCAAAAUACUCCAGAUUAGACUCAAUGCCUUUCAUAGUCAUAACUGAGAUGGAAAUUACAUCAUUCAUAUUAGUAGGAACAUAAACAUAGAGGUCUAGGUAAGCCAUGAAUGUGAAGGAUAUUGUGCUGUGGCACAAUCUUAAAGAAUGAAAGACUCUACUCCAUUACCUUUUCUAAUUAUUGUAAACCAUCAUUACUGGCAGUAUUUAGAGUUUUAAUAAAUAAA